GGGACUGUCUCCAUCUUCCGGGCUUUCUGCUGGCAGGGAUGUAGCAGACGGACUGGGUGUGCCUGGGAUGCCCUAGGCUCCCACUUACAGGUGGAGGUUCGGAUAGGGGUUUGGGAUGCAAAUCCUGCCUCUCUGGGUCUGCCGGUGACCCCUCCAGUCCCCAUUCUUGGGCUUGUGUUCCCGCAGGGUGUGGAGGAGGUGAGGGUGGGAUGCGACCUCUCCUCUCUUUCGCCUUCCUUUUUUCUCUGGCUGUGGCAUUAGGGGCCCAGGAUUCCGACCUGACAAAAGAGCCCUGGAGAGGUGAUCAGUCUAAGCCGAAACUUUGCAGUUUCAAGCUGGGCCUGUUCCUUGUUCUAGCAAAUGCAUUUUUUUUCCUUUCCUUCUUCUGCACCUCCUUGGUUUGCUUCCCUGCACCCCCCCGCCCAAGCUGGGUACUUCGUGUCUCCCUUGGGGCUUGGGCACUGAGAGGGUAGCACUAAGCCCUAUCCUGUUGGCUGCUACGACACUGCUCUGCUAUCUUUGCCACCUGGAGCUGGCAGGAGAGCUGGGUGUGGCCUGGGGGCGAAGACCCGGCCAAGCUGGGCACUGUCCCUACAGCCUCUGCCCCAUCUCUGCAAGGUCUCUCUGUAUUGGGGGACGAUGCUUCCCUUCCAUAGGACUCUUUGGACCCCCUGACACCUCCCCUUCUCCAGCUAACCUCUGGGUCUGGAGGGAGAACCGUACAGGAUUGCCUGGGCCAUCUGUCUGGCUGUGCCUGAGCAGAGCCUGACUUAUGUCUGUCUCCGUGGUGCUUGGCUGUGGGGGCAGGCGCGACUCGGCUUUGUGUUGCAGCCCAGCCGGUAGGCCAGACAGCAGGCUCCUGGACAGCCAGCCGAGGGAGGCCCUCGGGGUGAGGAGGCAGCUGGGGCCAGGAGUGGGAAUGUGGCGGUGCCGAGUCCACUCUCAGGCCUUGAUGCCUCAGACCUCUGUCCUGGGGCUCCUGGUGGCAGUGCCACUCUGGGGUGCUGUUCUCCCCAUCCCUCGGCUUGUGAUUGUUCUCUCCCUGCCUUUCCCCUUCCCCCAGCUUGGGCGUGGGGUGUCUGUGGCCUGAGGUUUGCCUGUGGUGGCUCUUGUAUGCGGCUAGCCGUCCUCAGCUCUGGGAUCUGGCAUUCGGGGUCUCAUUCCAGGACGGCCUCCCGCCCUGCCUUUCCCAGCAUCUGGCUCUGCUGCCCCCUUGGGUGUGGCCCAGCUGAGGCGAGGCCUCCUGGCUCCUUUCCAGGGGGGUGGGGGGCUGGGGGAUGAUUGAUGGCCCCCAAGUCUGCCUGCGCUUACUGCUCACUCAUGCGCCCUGGAGGCCCCUCCUCUCCCGGCCGUGGUCACCAUCUGGGGCUCCGGCUCUGGUGUGGUGGUGGGCGAGUGAGUGGCUUCCACCCACUGUGGCACGGAGCUUGGCCUGCUGGGGGUCCUAGGCCAGGCUGCGCGGUAGGACUGGCGGCCUGGGCCGGGGAGCUCUGACCUGCACUUGCCAUCUCUCCUCAGGCCCGUCCCAGGUGCAGCCGCCGACCAUGCCCACUGUCUGCCUCCUCCUGCUGCUACCCCUCACCAUGGAGGGGGUCCUGGGCCGCAACAGACCCUUCCCCGCCUUCUUAGUGACAGACACCACACUCACCCACCUGGCUGUGCACCGGGUGACCGGGGAGGUAUUUGUGGGCGCAGUGAACCGUGUCUUCAAGCUGGCCCCCAACCUGACUGAGCUACGGGCCCAUGUCACGGGGCCCGUUGAGGACAAUGCUCGCUGCUAUCCGCCCCCCAGUAUGCGUGUGUGCACCCACCGCCUGGCGCCCGUGGACAACGUGAACAAGCUGCUGCUCAUAGACUAUGCUGCCCGUCGCUUGGUGGCCUGCGGCAGCAUCUGGCAAGGCAUCUGCCAGUUUCUUCGCCUGGAUGACCUCUUCAAGCUGGGCGAGCCCCACCACCGCAAGGAGCACUACCUGUCAGGGGCCCAGGAGCCUGACUCCAUGGCCGGUGUCAUCGUGGAGCAGGGUCAGGGGCCCAGUAAGCUGUUCGUGGGCACCGCCGUGGACGGCAAGUCCGAGUACUUCCCCACUCUGAGCUCCCGCAAGCUCAUCCGCGACGAGGACAGUGCCGACAUGUUUAGUCUGGUGUACCAGGAUGAGUUUGUCUCCUCGCAGAUCAAGAUUCCCUCAGACACCUUGUCCUUGUACCCCGCCUUUGACAUCUACUACAUCUACGGCUUUGUGAGCGCCUCCUUCGUGUACUUCCUGACGCUGCAGCUGGACACCCAGCAGACGCUGCUGGACACGGCGGGCGAGAAAUUCUUCACGUCCAAGAUCGUGCGCAUGUGCGCGGGGGACUCCGAGUUCUACUCGUACGUGGAGUUUCCCAUCGGCUGCUCCUGGCGCGGCGUGGAGUACCGCUUGGUGCAGAGCGCCCACCUGGCCAAGCCCGGCCUGCUGCUGGCCCAGGCCCUGGGCGUGCCGGCCGACGAGGACGUCCUCUUCACCAUCUUCUCUCAGGGCCAGAAGAACCGGGCCAGCCCGCCCCGGCAGACUGUUCUCUGCCUCUUUACCCUCAGCACCAUCAACGCGCACAUCCGGCGCCGCAUCCAGUCAUGCUAUCGCGGGGAGGGGACACUGGCCCUGCCGUGGCUGCUCAACAAGGAGCUGCCCUGCAUCAACACGCCCAUGCAGAUAAAUGGAAACUUCUGCGGGCUGGUGUUGAACCAGCCACUGGGCGGCCUGCACGUGAUCGAGGGGCUGCCCCUGCUGGCCGAUGGCGCUGACGGCAUGGCCAGUGUGGCGGCCUACACCUACCACGAGCACUCUGUGGUCUUCAUUGGCACUCGCAGCGGCAGUCUGAAGAAGGUGCGAGUCGAUGGCUCCCAGGAUGCCCACCUGUACGAGACGGUGCCCGUGGUGGAUGGCAGCCGUAUUCUGCGAGACCUGCUCUUCAGCCCUGACCACCGGCACAUCUACCUCCUGAGUGAGAAGCAGGUGAGCCAGCUCCCAGUGGAGACCUGUGAGCAGUACCUGAGCUGCGCGGCCUGCUUGGGCUCCGGGGACCCACACUGUGGUUGGUGUGUGCUGCAGCACAGAUGCUGCCGCGAGGGGGCCUGUCCAGGCGCCUCAGCCCCACAUGGCUUUGCCGAGGAGCUGAGCAAGUGUGUCCAGGUGCGGGUCCGGCCCAACAACGUGUCAGUAACAUCGCCCGGGGUGCAGCUGACCGUGGCCAUGCGCAAUGUGCCAGACCUCAGCGCAGGUGUGAGCUGUGCCUUCGAGGAGGUGACGGAGAAUGAGGCCAUCCUGCUGCCCUCCGGGGAGUUGCGCUGCCCCUCGCCCUCCCUCCAGGAGCUCCAGGCUCUCACCAGGGGGCACGGGGCCACCCGCACCGUGCGACUGCAACUGCUUUCCAAGGAGACCGGCGUGAGGUUCGCCGGGGCCGACUUUGUCUUCUACAACUGUAGUGUCCUUCAGUCGUGCAUGUCCUGCGUCGGCAGCCCUUACCCCUGCCACUGGUGUAAGUACCGCCACGUGUGUACCAGCCACCCCCACGAGUGCUCCUUCCAGGAGGGCAGGGUCCACAGCCCCGAGGGCUGCCCCGAGAUCCUGCCGAGUGGGGACCUCCUGAUCCCAGUCGGCGUCAUGCAGCCUCUUACCCUGCGGGCCAAGAACCUGCCGCAGCCCCAGUCGGGCCAGAAGAACUACGAGUGCGUGGUCCGCGUGCAGGGGCGGCAGCAGCGCGUGCCCGCCGUGCGUUUCAACAGCAGCAGUGUGCAGUGCCAGAAUGCGUCGUACUCCUAUGAAGGUGACGAGUACGGCGACACCGAGCUGGACUUCUCUGUGGUCUGGGAUGGAGACUUCCCCAUUGACAAGCCUGCCACCUUCCGAGCUCUCCUGUAUAAGUGCUGGGCACAGCGACCCAACUGUGGCCUCUGCCUCAAGGCUGACCCCCGCUUCAGCUGUGGCUGGUGCAUCUCGGAGCACAGGUGCCAGCUGCGGGCCCACUGUCCAGCCCCCAAGACCAACUGGAUGCAUCCGAGCCAGAAGGGCAGCCGCUGCAGCCACCCCCGCAUCGCCCAGAUCCAUCCACUCAUGGGGCCCAAGGAGGGAGGCACGCGGGUCACCAUCGUGGGUGAGAACCUGGGCCUCACCUACCGAGAGGUGGGCCUGCGGGUGGCCGGCGUGCGUUGCAACUCCAUCCCCGCCGAGUACGUCAGUGCCGAGAGGAUCGUGUGUGAGAUGGAGGAGUCACUGGUGCCCAGCCCGCCACCAGGGCCCGUGGAGCUCUGCGUGGGCGACUGUUCCGCUGACUUCCGCACGCAGUCCGAGCAGCUCUACAGCUUUGUGACCCCAACGUUCGACCGCGUAAGUCCCAGUCGGGGCCCAGCUUCCGGGGGUACGCGGCUCACCAUCUCCGGAAGCUCCCUGGAUGCUGGCAGCAGGGUCACGGUGACUGUGAGAGAUGGCGAGUGCCAGUUUGUGAGGAGAGAUGCCGAGGCAAUUGUGUGUAUCUCGCCCGUCUCCACGCUGGGCCCCAGUCAGGCCCCCAUCACCCUGGCCAUCGACCGCGCCAACAUCUCCAGUCCCGGAGUCCUCUACACCUACACCCAGGACCCUACUGUUACUCGCCUUGAGCCCACCUGGAGCAUCAUCAAUGGAAGCACUGCCAUCACUGUGAGUGGGACCCACCUGCUGACAGUCCAGGAGCCCCGGGUCCGGGCCAAGUACCGAGGCAUCGAAACCACCAACACGUGCCAGGUGAUCAACGACACUGCCAUGCUGUGUAAGGCCCCUGGCAUCUUCUUGGGGCGGCCGCAGCCACAGGCCCAGGGCGAGCACCCUGACGAGUUUGGCUUCCUGCUGGACCACGUCCAGACAGCCCGCUCCCUCAACCGGUCUGCCUUCACCUACUACCCGGACCCCAGCUUCGAGCCACUGGGGCCCUCUGGUGUCCUGGACGUCAAGCCUGGCUCCCACGUGGUGCUGAAGGGCAAGAAUCUGAUCCCCGCGGCAGCCGGCAGCUCCCGCCUCAACUACACCGUGCUGAUCGGGGGCCAGCCGUGUGCACUCACCGUCUCAGACACGCAGCUGCUGUGCGACUCGCCCAGCCAGACGGGCCGGCAGCCUGUCAUGGUGCUGGUGGGCGGCCUGGAGUUCUGGCUGGGCACCCUGCACAUCACGGCCGAGCGGGCACUGACUCUGCCGGCCAUGGUGGGGCUGGCGGUGGGCGGCGGGCUCUUGCUGUUGGCCAUCACUGCUGUGCUGGUUGCCUACAAGCGCAAGACUCAGGAUGCGGACCGCACGCUCAAGCGCCUCCAGCUCCAGAUGGACAACUUGGAGUCCCGCGUGGCUCUGGAAUGCAAGGAAGCCUUUGCCGAGCUGCAGACAGACAUCAACGAACUGACAAACCACAUGGACGUGGUGCAGAUCCCCUUCCUGGACUACCGGACGUACGCCGUGCGCGUGCUCUUCCCGGGCAUUGAGGCCCACCCGGUGCUCAAGGAGCUGGAUACACCCCCCAACGUCGAGAAGGCGCUGCGUCUCUUCGGGCAGCUGCUACACAGCCGCGCCUUUGUGCUCACCUUCAUCCACACGCUGGAGGCCCAGAGCAGCUUCUCCAUGCGUGACCGUGGCACCGUGGCUUCGCUCACCAUGGUGGCCUUGCAGAGCCGCCUUGAUUAUGCCACAGGGCUGCUCAAGCAACUGCUGGCGGACCUCAUAGAGAAAAACCUUGAGAGCAAGAACCACCCAAAGUUGCUACUGCGCAGGUACUGUCCCACCCCGAGCCCCACCCUCCGUGGGCCCAGCCCCGAGUGUGCCGGAGAGCCCCUUUUCCUGCUCUACUGCGCCAUCAAGCAGCAGAUGGAGAAGGGCCCCAUCGACGCCAUCACGGGCGAGGCGCGCUACUCCCUGAGCGAGGAUAAGCUCAUUCGGCAGCAGAUUGACUACAAGACGCUGACCCUGCACUGCGUGUGCCCGGAGAGUGAGGGCAGCACUCAGGUCCCGGUGAAGGUUCUCAACUGUGACAGCAUCACCCAGGCCAAAGACAAGCUGCUGGACGCUGUGUACAAGGGCAUCCCCUACUCCCAGCGUCCCAAAGCCGAGGACAUGGACCUAGAGUGGCGCCAGGGCCGCAUGGCCCGCAUCAUUCUCCAGGACGAGGAUGUCACCACCAAGAUCGAGUGUGACUGGAAGAGGGUCAACUCGCUGGCCCACUACCAGGUAACAGAUGGUUCCUUGGUGGCACUGGUGCCCAAACAAGUGUCUGCCUAUAACAUGGCCAACUCCUUCACCUUCACCCGUUCCCUCAGCCGCUACGAGAGCUUGCUCCGCACAGCCAGCAGCCCCGAUAGCCUCCGCUCUCGGGCACCCAUGAUCACGCCCGACCAGGAGACAGGCACCAAGCUGUGGCACCUGGUGAAGAACCACGACCAUGUCGACCAUCGUGAGGGUGACCGUGGCAGCAAGAUGGUCUCAGAGAUCUACCUGACGCGGCUGCUGGCCACCAAGGGCACGCUGCAGAAGUUUGUGGAUGACCUCUUCGAGACCGUGUUCAGCACCGCGCACCGGGGCUCAGCCCUGCCCUUGGCCAUCAAGUACAUGUUCGACUUCCUGGAUGAGCAGGCCGACCAGCGCCAGAUCAGUGACCCUGACGUGCGCCACACCUGGAAGAGCAACUGCCUGCCCCUGCGCUUCUGGGUGAACGUGAUCAAGAAUCCGCAGUUUGUGUUUGACAUCCACAAGAGCAGCAUCACGGACGCCUGCCUGUCGGUGGUGGCCCAGACCUUCAUGGACUCCUGCUCCACGUCCGAGCACCGCCUGGGCAAGGACUCGCCCUCCAACAAGCUGCUCUAUGCCAAGGACAUCCCAAACUACAAGAGUUGGGUGGAGAGGUAUUACCGGGACAUUGCAAAGAUGGCAUCCAUUAGUGACCAGGACAUGGACGCCUACCUGGUGGAGCAGUCCCGCCUCCACGCCAGCGACUUCAGUGUUCUAAGCGCUCUCAGUGAGCUCUACUUCUAUGUCACCAAGUACCGCCAGGAGGUUCUCACCGCUCUGGACCGAGACGCCUCUUGUCGGAAGCAUAAGUUGCGCCAGAAGCUGGAACAGAUCAUCAGCCUCAUGUCCAGCAACAGCUAAGGGUGGCCGAACAGCUGAGGAGGGGGCUCCUCAGUCCUGGGCCAUCCUCCCGUCGAGGCGCGGGGCUCACGCCUGGGUCUCAGGGCUGAGCCCAGGAUUAGGUGGCACGGGCGAGGUCACCGGGACAGUAUGCCCCCGGCACACCUGGGCCCCCUUCAUUAGUGCCUUGCUUUGGGCCCUGCAGGCGGGGAGGGGGUGACAGGACCGAGCCUCCCACCCAGCAGCAGCAAUACCCCCAGCCUCCUGGCCUUGCGCCCAGGUGUUGUGACAGCCCUUGCCCUCCUUGCUAUUUAUACCCCCAACCGCCUAUUUAUUUAAUUUAUCUCCACUUCACAGUCUCCAUCUGUAAAUACGUGUCCCCCUGGGAUGUCGCCACCCUCACUCACCCUCACUCCUUGAGUCAUCCUGGCUCCCUUGUGACUGUCAGCCUUGGCCUAGCUUCUGGCACCUCACCCUUGCCACGGCUGGCCCCACCCGUUCCAAGAAGGGGGCCUAGGCACCAGCAGCACUUGGGGUGGGGUGGUACACGAGAAGCUGCCCUCGGACUGUGGCCGUGCCAAGGGGUCCCCCUGCAGCUGGGCCACAGCGUCCCCCUCCGAACUUCCUGGGGAUUGGACUGUACGUUCUCACGGGGCCCUGUUCUCUCUGAGCACCUGGAGACCUGGACCAGGCGUGUGCCAGGGCCUGACUUGGGCCUGGGGGCUCCAGAACUGUCCUCCUGCAAGCCCUCCUGCCAAACUUCCUCAGUGUUGUCUGCACUUGCCCUGGACCCCGUCUCAUCCUUAGCUGCCCUGUCCUGCACCUGCCCCAAGGGGCCGAGGCGGCAGUGCCUUACUCCUUUGUUCUGCCUCUUCCGAGGAAUCUGGCCCCGUCUCGCGGUCCCGGAAACCCAGUUCUCUCCUGUUUUGUUGCAUGACUUUUCCUUUGUUCAUGUAAUUUUUUUUCCUAAUUAAAUGUCGGGAAAAUGCA